AUGCCUGGGUCCUUCCCUCAGGCGCAAUCGCGUGCGCAAGCGCACAAUGCCCAAGCUGGCGAGCCGGUGGCAGUACCUGUACUCUUGCAAGCACAGACCCAAGGCCCGCCGAUGCUUCCCCCGAGCGCGCCGACGCUCGGACAUCACAUCUCCGGCAGCCCUACGUUCGGCAUGGGUGUUGCCAUGGAUGGGGUGGGCAUGCGCAUGGGUAUUGGUACGGGUCCGCUCAGCCCCGGCGACUUCCCGCCGCUGCGAAUGGUGAAGCCGCUCCCGAAGCGGAGGCGCGUGGUCGGUUUACAUUCGCAUGGACAUGCGAUUCAGCACCAUCAUGGUGCGCCUCCAGCGCCGGUGCCGGAUAUGCCGCUCCCGCCUCUUCCAACACAUCCCUCAACAUUUAGCAUCGACACCAGAGUACGAGGGACCGAAGGCGGCGGAUUUGGUGACGAGGAUGGACAUGGGGGUGAGGGACAUGACAGGGGACGAUCGGUGGACGAAGAAGACCUGUACGGAGGGAUGUCGGCGAGCGCGAUGGAGAGCAUUGCGGGCGAGCUGAUGGCCCACGCAGAUUCGUACGCGGGGCAGAUGGCGCUGCAGAACUACUACGAGAGCGUUCUGAGCGCCGCUGCCUCCGCCUCUGGCGCGAGCGCAGACAUGUUUCGCGCGGCGGGGCUCAUACCUGGCAGUCCGAUUGGACAGGCAGGCCCGGGCGAAGCCGAGGCGAGCGCGACAGACCUCGAACAGGAGUUCGACUUUACACCCUACGGGCGGGACGGCUACAUUGCGACGCCUGCGUACGGCCAGGCUGCACACGGGCUCACGAACUACGGUACCACCACUGCCUACUACCCAGGUCUAGACGUUGCAGGCUCUACGGGCGCGGAAAAAAGGCAUGGUGCCGCCCCUGUUCCGGUUCGGCGGGUCACGAGCACGAUCUACCGCAAGGAGCCGACGCAUGUGGACCGCGAUCAGGGCGCGGGUGGGGAAGACUACCUCGACCAUUUGCAGCAGCCGAAGAACACGAAGAAGCGCAAGGUGCCCGCGAACGCGUCGUCCGCCGCGCAGGGGCGCGAGGCAGCGCCGGCUCUCGUGGGUGUCGGUGUCGAUGUCGACGACCCAACGCUGCUCGAUCCGAGCGCGACUGCACAUCUUGGGUACGGAAGUGGGUCGAUUGCCACGGGCGGUCGAGAAGAUCGGGAAGGGGAGAACGGCCUGGCUCUCCUUUCCUCGGCCGCUUAUGGCGUAAGCACCGGCAUGGGAGUGCCUGGUGCCAGAGGCUUGCGCAGGCAGCCGCGGGUAUCGGCGGCCACGCUCGAUGGGCUGCAGCACAAGGAGCUCGUACGCCAGCGGAAGCGACAGCUGUCUGCCGUGCUCGAUGCGCUUUCGCUCGGGGACACGUUCGCGCUUGAUCAGGCGCUGUCCUCGCAUAUUCCGUUCGCGCCUGCGUUCAGCACGGGCAACAGUAACCCGGACAGCAAGGUACACUUGUCGAAGCGUACUGGUCCGCGCGUGUCGCGCACUACGAGGGUACUUUCGGACCACCACCAAGACGCGGAGGUGGAGGUGGAGGAUGAGGGCAGGGGUGCGGUUCCGCCCAGUGGGAAUUUCACGUUCGAAUGCUCCAGUGCGACUUCGGAACGGCUUGCAUCUACCAAAGAGGAGGUGGCCUCGCUUCGUGCACGGUUCGAGGAUGAGCUUGCCCGACAGAGUGCACAGGCUGCUGCAGACGCGGAGAAGCAGCAGGAAGCCAGCAUGCCGCAGACCCCGACAACAACAAAGGGCACCAAGUCCAAGAAGACUGACAGGGAUGCACGCAUAGCGCCUCCCCAGCCUGCGCAAGGUCAGAUGCAGACGCAGGCACCGGAACAGACCUCAAGCGAGGUUCCCUCACUCGCAUCGCCAGACAUCGACGCCGCGGUGGCGCUUCAGCAGCCCAAGACAAAGAAGACGAGCAAGAAGAAGCGCCGGAACGCACUCGCGAUAGCGUCGAACCCGCAUCACCGCAAGAACUACGUUCCUUCGCGCUUACCCUCCCAAGGCGGACCAGCCAGCGCUGCGCAGGCCGCGCAAAACUCUGCGAACGCGCUCGCGCCCCUCCCGAUGCGCUUCCUCUCCGCCAAGCUCGCGCCCUCGCGGCGUUCUCGCAAGAACGGCCGUGGCACAGACAGCGUGGUUGACGGCUCAGAUGCAGGCGGUGACACCGCAAUGCAGCCAGCUGCGAAGGACAGGAAGGCUGCUGCCGCUGGGGGCCCGCAGAUUGUGAACGCCGCGGACGAGUGGAUCUGCCCGUUCUGCGAGUACGCGCUGUUCUUCUCGGACCGCUCCGGGCCGGAAUACCGGCGCGCUGUGCGCGGGCGGAAGCAGAUCUUGCGCAGGCGGCGGAGGGCCCAGGAGCGUGCGGCGGGCGGGUUGAGCGGGUCAAAGGGUGCUGCUGCUGCGGGCGGUGCGAAUGCGAAUGUGAAUGCAAACUCGAAUGGAGAUGCGAACGCGAAUGCUGUGGCGCCUGAGCAGCCCGAGGACGACGAUGUGGAUGGUGAGGAGGAGGAGGAGGGAUAUGGCGAGUAUGGUGUGGAAGAGGAAGAGGAGGCACCGGAUAUAGGCAGAGGUGGAGCGCAUCGGAAGGGUGUUCGUGCGGGUGCUGGAUGA